AUUAUUUCAGUUUAUUUAAGGGUAUGUUUGUCAUUUACACACGACUAAUAUAUUUAUCCACCUUCGCUUCAUCUUCCUUUUCGCCUAUCUUCCUGGAUUUUUCUCCUCUACAACCUUCAAGCUCUCUCUCCUCUCUCUCACAUUUGUAUAUAAUCACACAAGACUCGUGAAAGAGGACGAAACGCGUUUUUUUGUACGGAUUCAAUUCAAUAUUUCAAUUUCAUGGAAAUGGAUCGCUCAGUGUGAUUAAAUUUCGCCUAAGCUCUGAUUUGUCUCUCUCGAUUUCCGACGAUAGUGUUUGAGUUUGGUACCGAGAGAUUUGGGAGCGAUGGGGAUGGACUUGAGGGUUGUUCCGACGGAGGAAUGGUGGGACCGAGGGAGCCACGACGGUGAGCGUGACCUAGGGCUAAUGGUUACAGAUUUUCUGGAGACGGGCGGUGGUGGGAGCGGUGGCGCUGCUGCGGCUGAUCCCUAUUGCAGCAGCGACAGCGAUUCUGGAUUUCCGGAUCCUUCUUACCUUUCCGAUAAGAUUCAGUUUCUCAAGUACUCUAUGCCUCAGCACGAAACAGAGGUUCUCUCGGCGGUUCGUACCCUGAUGCUUACGAUUAAGGAGAAAGAUCUUCACUCUGUGAAAUCCGGCACAUGUAACGCUAGUUGCAUCAGGUUUUAUCUCGCGAAGCUCUUGAGACUUUCCGGAUAUAAUGCUGCUGUUUGUUCAGCAAAAUGGCAAGGCGGUGGCAAAGUUCCUGGUGGAGACAAUGAAUACAUAGAUAUCAUACUGAGUGACAUUGGUGCUGGGCAAGACGACCGUUUGAUUGUCGACAUUGAUUUCAGAAGUCACUUUGAGAUCGCUCGAGCCGUGGAUUCUUACCAGCGGAUAAUGGAAUCACUCCCAGUGGUCUACGUAGGAACGGUUGCAAGACUGAACCAGUUCCUACAAGUAAUGGUUGAUGCAGCUAAAUUCUCCUUGAAGCAGAACUCAAUGCCGUUGCCUCCAUGGAGAUCGCUGAACUACCUGCAAUCCAAAUGGCUUUCGCCGCACAAGAGGCAUCUCGGACCAAUCAACCAAGAAGGUCCCGGAAUGUUCUCGCCGGGGUUGCACAGACAGUGUGCUGAGAAUUUGAUGAGGCUUCAGUCUACUCUCCACGCCGAACAAGAGGCCGAGAGGUUCAUGAAGAAGAAGAGCGCUUUUAGCCGCAGGGUCAAACCGGAGAGGAUGAGGAUUCAUGGUGCUCGUGCUCCUUGAGGUUUGUACAGAUGAUUUUUUGGGGGGUGCUAAAGAGGCCAAAGAAUUUUGCUCUGUUGAGUUUUUUUUCUUUUCGAGUGUAAUAUUUUUGCGGCUGAGUCUUUUUAUAUACGGAUUCACUUUGGGGUUGCAAUAAUACUAGCCAAGGUUGUAGGCUUUAUUCGAAGAAGAUAUAAAAUACGAAAAGUAAUACGUCAGGUUCCAUUAUAGUUUCUUAAGUUGUAUGUUUCGCCAUUGGGAGAGUUUGUUCGUUCUACAUAUUUUUCUAUGUUGGUGGUUUUUUUUUUUUUUUUUUUUUUCUGUUAUCGUUUGUUGGAUUAGAGGAAUAAUACAAUAAACAAAUCAUUGUUAUGAUCAUUUUUUCAAUAUCAAA